AUGGUGACUACUGACAAGAAUCAAAGUGCUCCAGUCAUAUUUAUCCUUUUAGGAUUCUCAGAUUAUCCAGACCUCCAAGUCCCUCUCUUUCUAGUGUUCUUGACCAUCUAUGUGGUCACUGUGGUGGGGAAUCUGGGCAUGAUUGUGAUCAUCAGGAUCGACUCGAAACUCCAUACCCCCAUGUACUUUUUCCUCAGUCACUUGUCUUUUGUGGACUUUUGUUACUCCACCGGAGUCACUCCCAAGCUGUUAGAAAACCUAAUUGUGAAAGACAGAACUAUCUCCCUCCAGGGUUGCAUUUCACAGUUCUUUUUUACUGCUACCUUUGUGGUGACAGAGACAUUCUUAUUGGCAGUGAUGGCCUAUGACCGUUACGUAGCCAUCUACAACCCCCUGCUUUACACUGUUUCCAUGUCACAGAAAAUUUCUGCCCUUCUGGUGGCUGCGGCGUAUUCAUGGGGCACAAUUUCUUCUCUGAUAUUUACCUACUCUCUCAUUGUGUUGUCAUUUUGUGGGACUAAGGUUAUUAAUAAUUUUCUCUGUGAAUAUUCUGUCAUUCUUUCUGCCUCCUGCUCCGACAAACACUUCAGUGAAAUAAUACUUUUUAUUGUUGCUAACUUCAAUGCGCUUUGCACGCUCAUCAUUAUCCUCACAUCCUAUAUUUGUAUUUUUGCCACCAUUCUGAAAAUGCAUUCAGGGAGUGGGAGACGUAAGGCUUUCUCCACCUGUGCCUCCCACUUGACAGCUGUUACCAUCUUCUAUGGGACCAUUCUCUUCCUCUACUGUGUUCCUAAUUCCAAAAGCUCGUGGCUCGUAGUUAGAGUGACCUCAGUUUUUUAUACUAUCAUAAUCCCCAUGCUAAACCCACUAAUUUACAGUCUGAGAAACAAAGAUAUAAAAGAAACCCUCAGGAAACUAAUGAAUAUCAAAACUUUUACUCACUAA